AACUCAGUACUGAUAGUUGUUUUGUCAGACUUUCAAUGGUUUAGCAAUGCUUUCAAUGCUUUCAUGUAUUCAAUGCUUGUAUUGAAUGUAUUGUUAGUGUUAUAGCAGUGAAGGUCUUAACGAAACUGACGACUGAUUUGUUAAGAAACCAUAUCUUCGAUACAAUUAGUGGUUAAUGUUAUUCAUAUGAUUUGAUCUCACUUUAAGUGACCAAUUGAUCAGUACUUGUCGACAGUUGGCACACAAUCAGUGAUAUCAAUAAUGGAGUCUUCAUAUGGCAUCGGAGUCAAGAAUAGGUACGCCAUCUUCUUAAGCGAUGAAGAGGGCGACCCAUUGGAGAUCAUAAACAAAAGCGAUGAAAAACCAUCUAAAGAAAAGAAAGUGUUGGACAAGAAAGCACUAAAUGACUCAAAGUUGGCAAAUACUAACCAUCAGAAUAUCAUCAAAGACAAGAACCAAAAGGAUUUACCAUUCAAAUCCAAGACGACUGAUGGUUCACAGACUAUCCAGAAGAAUAAGGAUAGCAUUGCAAAAGGUGAUCCAAAUCGUACCAAUCGCUCGAAACCCGACCGAAUUCAGAGGCCACGCGAUGUUCAAGGCGGUGACCGCCCCAAUCACAUCAGUGACCGCCAGAACCGACCGCCGAGACAUUUUGAACAGAAAGAUAUCGAUGACGCCAAGAACCAGAGGAACAGAGAGGAGAGAUUUGGUGGCAAUGAUAUGAGAGAAAGACGAGAGCGAAGUGACAGUGACCGACGGGGCCCUAGAAAUCCUCGUAACAGUGGUCCACGUCGUGGUGGCGGACGGUUUGGAGGAGACGACCAAAGGCGUGGAAAAAGAGAAUUGGACAGACAUUCUGGUAGUGAUAAGGCAGGCGUUAAGGCAGUCGACAAGAGAGAUGGCGGCGGAGCUCAUAAUUGGGGCAAAAUUGAUGACUUUUCUAAUGAAGAGCCAUUUGCUGCCGACAAUCAUGAUAUGAUUGACAAAAGUGCUGACGAAACGGGUCUCGAUGUGAGUAAUUCAAAUCAGGAAAAUGACACUAACUCUGCUGAAGAACUGGUUCCCGCCGUUGAAGAGCCCAAAGAGAUGACACUUGAAGAGUAUAAGCAGCAAAUUGAAGGACAAAGAGUUCAACCGAAGUUUAAUUUGAGAAAACCCGGAGAAGGAGAAGACAACUCACAGUGGAAGAAGACUUUUAUUCUUAAGAAAAAGGUUGAGGACGAAGAAGAGGUGGAAUACGAAGAAAUUGAAGUGGAAGAGGAUCCACGAAAAGGACGACACAAACAAGUUUUGGAUAUUGAGAUCAAUUUCCGCGAUGAAGGACGAGAUUAUCAGCGACGUGGAGACGGACGACGAGGUGGACGGGAACGGCGUAUUAGUGACCGUCAGACAGACAGAGGCGACAGAAAUGACAAACCAGGCGAUCGUCGAGACAAUAGAGAGAGAGGAGAUAGAGGUGGCAAUAGAGGCGGCAGAGGAGGAGGAGGAGGUGGUGGUGGCGGCGAACGACAGUUCGGUGAUCGUAACCGAAACCGUCGGCCCCGUGACUCACAGGUUGCUCCUAAAGUUGACGAUUGGAAUGACUUUCCCUCUCUCGCCACCGCUUAAGUGAUUGUCUGCACUAUUAUUACACAUUAAAACAUCAAAUAAAUAACAUUAUUAUACAUAACACGAAUAGACAACAAAUUAAAAGUUAAAUAACAAGUGAUUUAACUUUUAAAAAAUUUGAUUGACUUUAUAAUUGCAGUUUUCGUCUUUGAUCUUAAAUAUUAUUUUAUGCUAUAUUUGUAGGAAUUGAUAUAUAAAUAUAAAUACAAUAUAUAUUAUACAUACAUUAUAUAUAUUAUUAUAUAUUGAUAUUUAACUUAAGAGCCAAACAAAUGAGUUAUGUUUUUGAUUGAUAUAUUGUUAACACAACUGUUAUAAUAACGAGUCAUUACUCGAAAGAGUAAUUCAUUUUUUUCAAUCAAUUCUUUUGAUGUAUUUUUUGCAUAUUAUAUAAAAGUGAAAUAAUGUCCGAUUAAUGACGA